AUGGGAACAUAUCGUUAUAUGAGUCCCGAGGCUUGCGGAAUCAAUGGUCCAAUACGGGUGACAGAAAAAAGUGAUUUGUAUGCUGUUGGCUUGGUACUUUGGGAGAUCGUUGAACGAAAAUUGGUUUUUCUCAAACAUCACCCGGAUUUCCCAAACCAGUCAUCCUUAGAUUCUCCAAAUUGUGAAGAAGCUCUAGCUAAUGCUAUUAUGCGUUGUACCCAUUUUGAUAGUGAACAAAGGCCUGUUGCUAUUGAUGUUCUAAACUCAAUAGAGAACUUAAAACCGAGUUAUACUUCACUUCCAUUUAAACCAAUACAACGAGACGAGCAAGAAAGAAUUAUUCGCCCAAUAGGCUUCGACAAAACAAAUGAUGAAAUACCAUUGGAGGAGGAAGUCACAGAAUCAAGUGACCUCGUUGUCCCUAGUCUAGGCAUGGAACCACUAAACAAUUAUAAUGACUUGUCUCCGUUGUUGGAAGCGGAACGAAAUCCCUCGAUUUCGAGUACAAUAAUCCUUAUCACCGCUAUUGUCGUUUUCCUUGUUAUUUUUGUGUUAUUGUGGGCAUUAUACCAUCCAAGCCCAUGCCCUGCUCCAAGUUGUCAAUAUGGAUGGAAUUACUUUAAUGGAAGCUGCUAUAAGCUGUACUCAAAGAAAGUGGAAUACGAUGCAGCAGAAGUCGAAUGUCGAGCAAAUAAUGCAAAUGUUGUCUCAAUUCACAGUGAACAGGAGCAAAAAUUUGUAAAUGGCUUGCGAAAGGGGAGUUGGACCUGGCUUGGGCUGAAGUACGACAGUCAAUGGUCAUGGAGUGACGGAAGUGACGUUGAUUAUACGAAUUGGGAGGACGGACAUCCUAUCUUGACUAGGAGCUUGGCAAAUAUGCGACGCGACACCGGGAAAUGGGAAUCGAAAACAUCGUUGGAUAGCAACUUUUUCAUUUGCAAGAAACCAAAA